AUGAAAGAUUCUCUGCAUGCUUUCGAAGAUAUCUCUGUGCCAGAUCUCAUAUCUUGGAACUCCAUGGUUCAGGCUCACCUUAAUAACGAGGAAUUUGAACAGGCCUUAAUCUUAUUCAUAGAAAUGAAGCAUCUGGGGUUUGUGCCUGACAAAUUCAGCUUCGUUGCAGCUUUGGAAGCAUCUGCUGCACUACCUUGCUGUAAAACAGGAAGGCAAAUCCACUGCAACCUGAUAAAGGCUGGUCUGCUGCCACUAGAUGCCUUUACUGGGAGUUCUCUUAUUGACAUGUAUGCCAAAUCCAUGGCCGUAGAAGAUGCAAAGAAAGUAUUUGACCGUAUAAAUAUUAAGGACUUGAUUACCUGGACCUUGAUAUUUGUUGGGUUCGCUCAAAAUGGAUAUCUGAAUGAAGUUCUUAGAUUCAUCACACUGAUGAAAGAAGAAAGCAAAGAACCAGAUAACUUUACUUUCGCAAGUAUCCUCACAGCCUGCGCAAAUGACACAGCAAUUGAACAAGAAAAGCAGAUCCAUGCACUUAUACUGAAAUCAGAUUUCAUGGUUGAUACAGCUUUAACCAAUGCACUUAUAACGAUGUGCUGCAGAACAGGUAGUAUAAAGGAUGCUAAAAAGGUUUUUUCUGCAAUACAUGAGAAGAAUGUAGUCUCUUGGAUAUCAAUGAUCAGUGGGUAUACACAAUGUGGAUACUGUAAAGAGGCUCUCAAUCUUUUUGAUCAAAUGGAAUCUGAAGGAACCAUUCCAAAUGCUAAAACCUUCAUUGCCUUAUUGACAGCCUGCAACCAUGGAGGUUUGAGCAAUGAUGCUAUCAUGUAUUUUGAGAUAAUGCAAUUGAGACAUGGGAUCAAACCUUCUUUUGAUCAUUUUGCGUGUAUGGUGGAUAUCUUGGGAUGA